AUGUUCCUGGACUGGAUUGCCCAGCUCGGGUUGCUCAACCAUGACCCAGUGUCCAAUGUCCUGGCCCGUUUCCCGCUGAAUGUCAAAAAGACAAUGAUCACAGAGGUCACUUCGACUCUGCUAGUCACCUCGGACUUGACUCUUCUCACCUCUAUGGCUCACAUGAAGUGGGCUAUGGAAGUCCUUGGUCAAGGAUUCGCAUUACCCCUGGAAGAACUGUCGAUCACUCAGGAAACAACACAGCUCUACUCUCAAUGGCUCUUUGAGCCGCAGAUGAGGCCAAUGGCCUUCAGGCAGGCGACAGGCACCGCUGACGAGCAGCUUCUCUAUCAGACGAUAUUUCAUCAUUACUCGCUACUAUUCCAAGUCCGGUCGACACUACCUCCAUCAUCAGGAUCUAACAGCUCGCAGAAUCAGCACCAUCGCCACACCUCAACAACAUUGCUCUCGACAGGACAUGCAGCUUCAGCAUUAUCGGCAUCGGCGGCGUAUCAUAUCACUCCUACACCCCAAGUACCCAUCGGCGUUCUAAUACAGCGGCACAUCGAGCUCUGCAAAAAGGUUCUCACGGUCCUCACCAUGGCAGGACGGCAACUCGGGAGCACCUUUUCGGAGGAGACGUGGGAGGUCCUACUCAAGGUCAUCCUCGGCAUUACCGACAGUCUACUCCGCGAGCAGCCCAAAACAUCGGCAGCGUUGCCAGAGCACGGGAAGAUGAGCGACGAUCUCUGUGAGCACCUGUUGCGAGUUUUGUUUGAGCUUUGGCUUCGAUCCAACAUUCGCCAAGUUCGCAUGUGGGAUGUCCUCAAGCAGUGCUUCCAGGGCUGGAUUCACCGGAUACCAGUCAUGCACCAAUGGGCCGCCAGCUCACUCGGACUCUGUCAGCGAGUCGUCAGGCUACUUUACGGACCAGGACAGGGCACGGAUGUCGUCAACUUGGCAGUGGGCGGGUACAACAUCGGGCUGGAUCUGCAGGCGGAUUUCGCUCUUUACGCUUGGCACAGAGUUAUUUACCUUCUCAAGAACCCCUCCGAGCUCGCACCCUCUCACUGCCUUGCAGCUGUCAACGGGAUUGGCAAGAUGGUGGAGACGUUUUUGGCCGUCGGCUAUACCAACAACCCAUCGACGAUCCCUGGAUCUCCACCGCUACCAUCAACUCCCACCGACAUAUUUUCGUCUUCAUCACUUUCACUUUCCAACCAUUCUACGCCCGCUAACUCCAACCCCAAAUCCCCGUCAUCGACACCGCCCAAACCGACAUCGCCAGAUGGCAACACCAUCAUGCACAUGUUUGGAUCCUGGCUCUUUGAAAUUGCUCUCCUCCAAUUCCCAGAAGCCGACAAACCCGCACCUCCAUCUCACUGGCAAUCGUAUCGGGCGCAUGACCAUGUGGAGAGCUAUACCGACGCUCAAGCGUCAGCUUUUGGAGUGUUGUGCAGGAUAUUCAGCAAGCGACAACCGACUUCAAGACCUUUUCUUCGCAUUUACACAGAACGGUUUUAUGAGGCGCUCUCGAUCGGACUUCGCAGCGAGUCAUCUCUUCCAACCAUCCUGGCGCAUUCGACUGAACUCUUCACCAGCGAACUGGAAGGCGUGAGGAUGAUGGUUCCCGACUUUGUGAUUGGUAUUCGGAUGGCAAUGAGUGGCAAGAUUCGAGUGACGACUGGAUAUCAGAGCCAGGAGAAGCAGAAGCAAGUUCUGGAGGAUUUGCACCUUGCGGCCUUGAAAGUCGCUGGUUGUAUCAUGUGUCUGCCCAACCACUUUGAAAAAGUUGAGCUCAAGGAAGACUGGAACCAAGGACUCUCCAAAUCAGCCAACAUUGGAUUCGAGGGCAAGGGCGCGCGUGAGGACAAGGAAAUCUUGGCCCAGCUGAUUAGAGUCCUUUACACAGCAGAUUCUCCUGCGGAUGGUUCUAUUCCGGCAUCAAAGCGAUUCACGACUCUAAAGUAUUACAUUCUGGAGAUGCUGCUGAACUGCUUGGAGACAGAGACGUCGUCGUUCAACUUGCGGUAUCUGCUUCACCUGAUCGAGGUCUAUGUCUUUGAAGAUGUCGCGUUCUGUCCAGGAUUGGUCGGUGUCGUCGUCAAGACCAUCCAAGAAAAGAUCGUGAGCAUUCAGGUUCCCGUUGAGGUGGCGCUCUCUGCGUUCGAUGUCCUUGUUGGAUGCGCUGGACUUUACGAACAUGUGCGGCGGGAUAGCAAGAGCUGCGCGCGUGAGUUAGUGUUGGCGCUGUGCAGAUAUGUGGAUGCUCUCCUAGCAAAUCACGGACAACUGCCAACAACCCAUCUCUUGGUAGUCCGUGCCUAUGAGUGUAUGCUGCAGUGGAUCUUAGCAGGACAGUGGAUCGUGGGCGACCAAGAUUGUCAUCUUGCAGUGAUCAGCUCCAUUGCCGCCGGAAUCCACAUCAUUGAACGCGUGGAGGAGUACGAAGCAUCUGUCGUCCCUCCUAAACCGCAGCAGGAAAAAAGACGAUGGGGAGGAGGCGCUGCUGGAAAUGCCAUGAUUUCGGCUGUUGGAGCUCCUCUGUCAUUGACAAAGCCAUCGACCAGUGGCGCCGCCAAGCUGUUCCAGGUCAACAACAAAUACCCAGGGCCAAUCAAGAUCCUCAGUCAGGAAUUGAAAAAGGACAAGGAGAGCCGCAAGAACCGAUCGGCCAGCUCAUCGAUUUCAGGACAGGUCAAGGCGUCUCGCCCUGACCUUACGGCAAUCCAGCAUGCUGCAGAGAUGACAAUGACCGUGUUCUCGAAUCAGCUCAGCCAUUUCCCAGUCUGGACUGACGACAUUGGACCGAGCCGGAUGUCGACCAUGUGGAACGAUAUUGCGAUGAAUCGAACGAGUUUGGUCAACAUCAAGGAGAACGCGGACUUUGCGUCACUGGACCUGCAGCAGCGUCACCUCCAUCACCAUCUUUCCACUGAAGCUGGUGGUUCCAUGGGUCCAGCUCGGUACUUUUUGCUGGACAGGCGCAUCAUCCUCGGUUGUUGCGAGGUGUCACAACUUCCCGCCAGCCACCGCGACUCUGGAAGCUUUGUGGACGAUCGUGGGCCGUUUGUUGUGGUCACCAUGCGAGACUCCAAUGGCAAGAACUCUUGGAAGUUGCGAGUGAGUAACAAGGUCACCCACAACGGUAUCAAGAAGAGCACACGCGUGGAGGGAGAUUGCGAUGGACAUCACGGACUCAAGGAACAGAAUGGACACGUCGACCCAGCGGGUGCUCAGGAUGAAGAGGCCGACACGAUUGCUUAUGGUCAGAGACUUCGCGUUAUGGCUAUCGAGGCUGCGGAUGAAGCAGGGAUUGGACUGAAGCAGUAUGUGCGUGCUACCAAGAGCUUGACGAACCCCAAGGUCACAGUCGAUCAACCAGAGACACUCAGAGCAGAGGCAGUGCCCAAGUCGGCCUUUGACGAAGGAGAACUGGAAGUACCCCCAUCAUCCCAGCAGGCCACCCAAGCUUCAGGGUCUCAUGUGUUCAGAAUAUUAAUGGCGCAGAUGGGAUACCUUUCCUUGGAGAACCGCUCACGCAUCAUGCCGCUGCGCCUCUCAGAGCGACUUUUAGCAGAGCUGCAGUUCCUCGACGGCCUCAAAGAGAGAGACUGUAUGGGCGUGAGUGUUUAUUUUGCACAGUCUGGAGACAUUGGUUACGAUGAGUUGAUUCAUGGAUCGCCAGCAGGCUUGUCCAAGGACUUUUCGCGGUUCCUCGACUGCCUUGGAUGGCCGAUUCAGACUGAGACGCAUUCAGGAUACCUAGGUCAACUCAACAAGGACGUCUGCCAUACAACACCCUAUUUCGCGGACCGCAACUGUGAGGUCAUUUUUCAUGUCCCCUACCUGAUGCGUCCAUCAAGCACCGAAGUUCCGUACCUGCAGGACCAUCGACUUGUCGACCAAUUCCGGUCGGUGACGAUGCAUGACCAAGUAGCGGUUGUCUGGGUUGAGGACCGGGAGCGGAUGGUCAACUUGUUGCCGUUGAUUGACCAGAACGUUAUGGUGUUUAUCUUGAUCCACCCGCUGGAGGGCGAUUCUGCGGGAGGGCUAUUCUGGAUCCGAAUUUUAAUCCAAGGGUCUCAUACGACAGCGGGGUCAGUCCGACUGGCGGCCAACCCGUUGAUGAUUGGACCCUUAGCGGAUGGGAUGCUUGUGUCGCGACACGCGUUGGGCAGUCUAGUCCGCAACACGGCCAUAUCUGCGGACAAGGCAUGUCGACUGAUGGGUGACUUUUUCACGGAGCCGAGUGCGGUGCGUGCGAGGUAUAUCCAGGAAGUGCUGCAGACACAUCAAUCUGAGGAGCCGGACAGUAUUUCCGAGUUCUAUCGAACCAUGUUUGCGACGUAG